AUGAAUCUUGACUUUGCAAAAUUUUACCAUCAGCAAAAACUAUUGGACACCGAAACAGUAGAUUUAGAAAUUAUCUAUCGUUAUCAAGUCAUACAAGAUGCUAUUAUUGCUUUAAAGGAACCUGAUGGAAGCAAGUUAGGAAGCUUUCUAGAGUUUUCAUAUGUUUCAAAACGACAAGCUAUUAAACAAUUCCUUGUGAAUACAUACAAACUUCCCGACAAUUCCAGUACAAACAAGCGUUUCCGAGUGGCUAUCAACAAAGGUAUCGAAAAAGGAAUUUUUUGUCUUCCCCAAGGUCCAACAGGUCCUGUCAAACUUACAAAGGAUGUAAAGAUUCAGAAAGAAGAAGAAUGA